AAAGCGGUAGCCAGUGCUCCGUAGCCGUAAUAGGACGUAGUGGGGUUAACUUAUUCCUUGUUAGUUAACGGAAAAUAGGGUCGAUGAGUCUGUGACGGUAUUGUGACUGACAUGCGCGACUUGCAGCCUUGCAGCCUCUCUUCUCUUUUCUUCCACCCAAAAUCAAGUACUCCAAGCUUAUCUGCCUCCCUCGACACAGUACGAUUACCCUGCCUCUCGCCUCUCCAUAACUACAAAUAUGAGCAUCCCAAAAUUCCAAUCAUGAUCGAGUCCUCGAGUUCUUCCCUCAAUCCCCGACCCGCCGUUGCAUCUUGCAGAAACUCAAGGCCGGGCGAAAACAGCAGGCAUGCAGACAUGGUUGACGUGGUCUUCGUCUCGUCUCGUCUUCUCACACUGCCUGGCACCCACUGUGCCACUGCAGUAGUUGAUUCCCGUUCGCCUCCGUUGUUUUGACUACUGAAGAACUCUUGGUACCAUGGACCUCGGAUCGAGAUCUCCCAUCCAGUUCCGCCAGAUGAUUCGAUCUGGAUGUCGAAUUAUCCCUCAUGACCCAUGCAACCCAAAUUC